AUGGCACCAUUAUCGUCGUUAAUAAAUCUUCCACCCGAAAUAUUUUAUUUAAUAUUUCAAUAUCUUAAUAAAGAACAUAUUGGAUAUGCAUUCUUUGGAUUAAAUGAUAAUUUAACAUCAGCUGUUAAAUAUUAUAUUAAACAAGAAUUGAAUUUAACAAAUAUUAAUAAUGAAAAUAUUUUUCAAUUUUGUUUAACAACACUUCUACCAUCAAUUGGAUAUAAACUUCGAUAUUUAUCAAUUGGUUACCCAUAUUGUUUAUCAACAUAUUUGAAAUCUAUUCAAAAUUAUUGUCCUAAUCUACAAAUACUUAAUAUAUAUUGUCAAACACAUCUAGAAGAUAUUCGUCAAUAUGCUACUUAUUUAAUCCAUCAUCAAUUAAUAUCAUUAAUUUUAAUGUAUAAUAAUCAAAUAAUUGAUGAAGAUAUAAGUAUUCGUUUAGUAAAUAGAUGUGACAAUGAAAAUUAUCGAACAAUUCCAUUAACAUCAUCUCUUAUUCUAAAUAUUACAUCUUUAAAUGAUUUAAUAUUAUUAAAACGAUUUUCUGAAAGUAGUUAUUUAUCGAAUGGUUUAUAUAUGAUUGAAUGUGUAUCAACAGGUCGAUGGCUUACAGAUAGUAAAGAUGAUUUAUGCAUAAUGUCAGAAAAACUUCAUCGUGAUAGUAUUUUUUCAAUCAAACAAAUUGAUAUGUAUGAAUGUACACGAGAAUAUGAACUAUAUAAUGAAGGAACACAACGUCGAUUAACUGUUUUAAUACCAUAUGAAGAUAAUGAAGAACAUUGGAUAUCUUCAUCCAUUCUUUCCACACAUCGACAAGAAUCUUCACGUUCAUGUUCAAGUUUUACAUUUGAAAGAAUUGGAAAUGAUAAUCAAUUCUCUAUUCGACCCUGUUAUUUACAUGCUAAACGACUUCAAGUAGCUGGCAAACGAAUUAUUAUAUCAAUUUGUGA